AUGGAUGACUUACACCUCACAUCGAUCCCGGCAUCAGGCCUUCCCUUGGCCUUCUACGGGACUGCAGUUCACUCUCGUACCCUCACGGAACUGGAGUUCUUGGAAAAUUGCUUGAUCGUGGUAGACCAGGCUGGCAAAAUUCAAGCUCUGCAGCAAAAUGUCGACGCAAGCCAGAUAAAUACCAUUCUCGCAGACCAAGGCUACGCACCCGAGGUAUUUCCCGUCAAGCAUAUGCGUCGGGGUCAAUUCCUCUGUCCUGGAUUUGUCGACACACAUAACCACGCCCCGCAGUGGACGCAGCGCGGCGUGGGUCGUGGUCGCUCCCUGAAUGACUGGCUAAAUCAAGUCACUUUUCCUCAUGAAGCUAAGUUUGCGGACAUCGAGUAUGCGAAGCGAACAUACGCUGCGUGUGUCUCGGGUUUCCUGCAGCAGGGGAUCACAACCGCAUCGUACUAUGGAUCUCACCAUGGUGACGCCACCAGUGUCCUCGCCGAAAUCUGCCUCGAGAAAGGCCAGCGGGCGUUGGUCGGCAAAUGUAACAUGAAUCGCAAUGCGCCCGACUGGUACCGGGAAGCUUCGACGAAAGAGUCCCUGGAGGCAACGCGUGCAUUUAUUCAACAUGUCGCCCGUUUGGAUCCCGAGGGCCAACUAGUAAAACCGGUGAUCACGCCCCGUUUCGCCAUUUCGUGCGACGACGAGCUGCUUUCCGGACUGGGUUCCAUCGCCCGCGCAAAUCCCAAAGUGCCUAUCCAGACUCAUUUCAAUGAGGAGGAUGGAGAGAUUCGCUUCACGCGUGAAUUAUUUCCCCAGUUCCGUACAGAAGCCGAUCUGUAUCAACAUUUCGGCCUGCUUACCGACCAGACUAUUCUGGCUCACUGCAUCUAUCUAGCAGAGGGCGAGAUAGAUCAACUUCGUCAGCUCGGUUGCGGUGUCGCACAUUGUCCCAUUGCCAAUACGACCAUGCUCAACUUCAUGAUCGCGCCGAUCCGAGAGUAUCUUCGUCGUGGUAUCAACGUUGGUCUCGGCACCGAUAGCGGCGGUGGACACUCCUCCUCCAUGCUUGAAGCAAUGAAGCAAGCAUUUGUGGUGUCUCUUGCCCGAUACACCCAAACCGAGGGGGAAGAUGAGCCAUUGUCCCUGGAGGAGGGCUUUUACCUUGCGACAAGAGGAGGGGCUCAGGUCUGUGGGCUAGAAGACAAGAUUGGCACAUUUGAGGUGGGCAAAGAAUUUGACGCGCUGGAGGUGCACAUGGUCGACCUGGAUAUUCCGAGUGUCAGCUCUCCCAUUGAAGAGGAGGACUCAACCUUGGUGAUAUUUGAGAAGUUCUUGAUGACGGGCGAUGAUCGGAAUAUCGCCAAGGUGUACGUUCAGGGACGUUCGGUGAAGCUGUGA